CCGGAGUAGUCUUUGGGUGCUGCAAUUCUGGGUCGAGAGCUUCUUCAUCUUUCUCGAAUUAAUUUCUCGUUUUUUACAUUUAUUUUCGUCAACUAGCUACAGACAUGUUCACCUCUCUCUAGCACCACCCGAAUCUUCCUUCGUGGGGAUAUUCCCCCUCUCUUCAUUAUUCAGAUGGCAGAUGCAGGGAUACAGGGCAGCUGCCUCUCCUGGAUAUUCCAUUUGGAGGAAAUGGGACCCAACCUUUGUGACUGGGACUACUGUACUGAAUUGCUCAUCUGCAGUAUUUUUACAUGAUCCUCGCCUGUGUUCUUCAGUAUCUUGAGUCCAUAAGGCAAGAUCAAAACAGACUGCAGCAUCUAGAUGAAGUUGUUCCGCCAUGCAAUGUUCCUGGAAGGCUGUGAUUCUGCUAGCCCUGGCAUCCAUCGCAAUCCAGUACACGGCGAUCAGGACUUUCACGGCGAAGCCCUUUCAGAUCUGCCCGGCACCGAACCCUUUGAACUGUGGCCUGGGCCAGGAGUCGGACACCUUCGACAGGAUCUGCGAUGAGUACCCCUACUUCACCUACAACGUCUCCAGAAAGACCCACAUCCUUAUCCUGGCCACCACCCGAAGCGGCUCGUCCUUCGUGGGGCAGUUGUUCAACCAGCACUCGGAUGUGUUCUACCUGUUCGAGCCCCUCUACCACGUGCAGAUGACCCUGAUUCCCCGGCUCUCCCACAGCAAGAACACUGCCGACCGGAAAGUGCUGCUGGGGGCCAGCAGGGAUCUCCUGAGAAGCCUGUACGACUGUGACUUCUACUUCCUGGAGAGCUACAUCAGGCCCCAGCCGGUCAAUCACACCACGGACAAGCUGUUCCGCCGGGGGGCCAGCAGGGCGCUGUGCUCGCCCCCGGUGUGCGACGCCUUCGCUCCCGGCGAGGUCAACAUCGAGGAGGGCGACUGCGUCAAGAAGUGCCCCUCGGUCAACAUGACCCUGGCCGCCGACUCCUGCAGAGAGCGCCGGCACAUGGCCAUCAAGGUGGUGCGGGUGCCGGAAAUCAACGACCUCAGGGCCCUGGUGGAGGACCCCCGGCUGAACCUGAAGAUCAUCCAGCUGGUGAGGGACCCCAGGGGGAUCCUGUCCUCCAGGAUCGAGACCUUCCGGGACACCUACCGCCUGUGGAGGAUCUGGAGGGCGACAGGUCGCAAGCCGUACAACCUGGACCUGAGCCAGCUGACGGUGGUGUGCGAGGAUUUCCUCAACUCGGUUUCCACGGGCCUGAGUCAGCCCCACUGGCUGAAGGGGAAGUACAUGCUGGUGAGGUACGAGGACCUGGCCAGGAACCCACUGCAAAAGACAAAGGAGAUAUAUGACUACUUGGGCAUGUCCAUGGACAAGAACGUGGCCCAGUGGAUACACACGAACACUCGGGGAAGCAACGAGAUGUCGGCCAAGCAUAAAUACGGGACAGUGAGGGACUCGGCAGCCAACGCGGAGAACUGGAGGUUGAAAUUGUCUUACGACAUGGUCGACUACACGCAAACCGUGUGUCAGCAGAUAUUGCACCAGCUGGGUUACAAGGCAGUCAGCUCCCCCGAGGAACUCAAGAACAUGUCUCUCACGCUCGUUCAAGACAGAACUUUUGUACCGUUUUUGUAACUAAAGGUAGUUGUGGACAACUAUUUUUGAUAUAUUUAUAAAUGUUGCCUUAAUAUUUUCAAAUUUGCACUAAAUUUACUAAAUCUUGAAGGCACCUGAUCAGGCACCCUCAUUACAUUAGGUAUAGCACAAUACAUUUAAAAAAAUAAUAUUGUUUACAGACAUGAAUUCGGUGUAAAAUGAUUUCUAAGAGGCCAUGUUUACUUCAGAAUUUUUUUUGUUCAUUUGAAAGUGAACAAAAAAAAUAAAGCACCACCCUUCAUAAAAUUAUUGUUUGCUGGCUAUUGCAUUGACAAAAGUGAAUGUUGCCAUUUGUCCAUUUUAAGUAAUUGGACCUAAAAUAUUAGGAAAUGUACUUAAUUCCUGUGGCUGAAUUACUGAAAUGUAUGAGAACUAUUGUGCAAUAAAAAUGUGGAUGUUACAGUCAA